AUGGAGAAUUUCCGUAGACAGCUUGUCAUAGAUUUAUGGCUGAAACCAACAAAGUUUGUCUGGUACUCGACAGUUGGCUGGUCUGAUAUCCUAAACCAAAUCAACGACAUCACGUCGUAUAUAGAUGGAAGUAUGGUGUAUGGAUCGAGCGAGGCUGAACUCAACGAGUUGCGUUCCUUCAUUGGCGGUUCCCUUAAGACGUCCCCUGCCAAUUUUAUGCCGGAAGCUGUGAACCCAACAGGUCUGGAAUGCGACAACGUCAAUCACCCUGACCUCUGCUUCCUCGCAGGUGACACUCGCGCGAACCAGCACCCUGGACUGGCAACGUUUCAUACCGUAUUCAUGCGAGAACACAACCGCGUGGCGGCCGACCUGAAGAGUCUGAACGCCGACUGGAGCGACGAGAAGAUCUUCCAGGAGACCAGACGCAUCGUGGUGGCGGAGCUGCAGCACAUCACAUUCAAGGAGAUGUUGCCCAAGGUACUUGACAGCAGCUACGUGUCCCAGUACGGCCUGUCUGGUUCCUAUAGUUACAAUAAAUCAGUGGACGCCAGCCUCAUUCAGGAAUUCAACUUUGGCAACAGAUACCACACUCUAAUGCCCGCGGUGUUCGACAUGGCCGAGUUCGUUGGCUCGAGUGUUGUGAACCAAGUCUCGCUUGAGCAGGAAAAUGUGUUCAGGAAUCCUGGAUUCCUCUUGAGGGACAACUUCCGUGGCGUAGAUCAGGUUUUAUUGGGACUCGUCGCCAACGGAUGCCCUUUUAUAAAUGGGUAUUGCAACUACGUUGAUCAGCCUCGAACUCUGUUUUUACUUUUAAAGCGUCGCAUGAUAAACACUGAUGAAUGA